CAAACACACCAACUCUCCUAUAAUGGCUCUCGUCAAUUAUUCCGACUCAGAAGCCUCAGAUUCCGAGCAAGAAAAUAUUACCCAACCCCAACAGAAGAAGACCGUCUCUGCGCCUGCACUCGCACCCACCAAUAAUCCCUCCAAACAAACCUCCGGCGCAAACUUCUCGUCCAUCGUCGACCGCAGUAACCCCCGCAAGAUCCGCGUUGCAUUACCCGAGAUCAAACCAGAAACUACAGAUGGUGAUCAGGAAAGCGAAGAUGGACCUGCGCGGAAGAAACCAAGGUUAGGUGGUGGAGGUGCUUUCUCGGGAUUCAACGCGAUGCUACCGGCUCCGAAGCGGAAGACUGUCACGGCGGAUAAGGAUAAGAAGCCUUCUGGGCCGGCGCGGAAGGUGUUUGGUUUGAAGACGGGUGCAGCUCCGGGAUUCGAUCGUUCGGCUGAUGCGGAGAUGCGGCAUAACCAAGCUCUGGACGGCGAUGAUGAGGAUAUUCCCAAGGCGGGAAGUCUGCAAGGCGAGAAUUAUAUUGAAGGAGGUUCCUCAGAAACUAAGCCUCCACGGAAGCCAGAAGGGGAGGUGAAGUUGAAGGGCAACGCGAUGAUGUUUAAACCGCUCUCUGUGGGACGGAAUCAGAAGAAAAAGCCUCCCCCUACACCUUUACCUGCUGCCGAUGAAUCGAAGCCAGUUCCGCAAUUAAAGCAGCAGCAGCAACCUGCACAACAGGCCCCUCCACCACCUGCACCAAAACCCAAAGUCAGCCUUUUCUCCAUAUCCUCAGAAGACUCGUCCGCGACAGCUCCUUCGACUGGCCCUGCACAGAGCACAACUUACCAGCCGUUGGUCUACAACACAAUUCCCGAUGCACCUGUAGCAGGUCCCGCACUAGAGUCUGAAGCUAUUACUACAUCAGAAGCGUCAACCGCAACGCCGCAACAAACCCAAACGCUUGACAACAUCGCAGACGACCUUAAUUUAUCCCGUGCGCAACGACGCCACUUGUUCGGCCGACAUGGAGACACAUCCAAGUCCCGGAUCCUGAACUUCAACACAGACACAGAGUACGCCGCCAACCAAGAAAUGGCGCAGGGCACAGAUCUUGCCGCAGCUCAACACAAUCCCGUCCGAGCAAUUGCGCCAGGAAAACACACUUUGCAACAGUUGGUCAAUGCUGCCAGCAACCAGCGGGAUGCAUUGGAGGAAAGUUUUGCAACGGGACGAAGGAACAAGAAAGAGGCUGGGUCGAAGUAUGGGUGGUGAUAUGUUACCUGGCUCGGGUUGCAUCCGCUUUCAACAUAAUUCCAAUCUAAUCUGUACAAUAUAGACAUUUAAUGAGUUAUGACCCCCUUAUUUUACCAUGCUUGUGGCCUGGGAAAUCCAGUUGACAUAAUAAUUGAAUUGAAACACGCCAUGUACACUGCUUUUGUAUGCUUAUUUACAUUUCAAAAACAAGCAAGAAACUUUUCUUUAAC